AUGAGUUCUGUCAAACUAAUUAUUCCAGAAAAGGCAGGCUUUCAUCCUAUGCGCAGAAUAUCCACAUCAGCAAGUGGGAGAAAUAUCAUGCUUCAGCCAAAAGGAAUGCCUGUACGAAGAAUUUCUGAAUCCCCAACAUUUUCUCAACUUCCACAUCGCAACCAAUCGAUGCAACUUAUACAUCCUUCACAAAGUAUGGAUCUUCCAGAGCAAAAAUACGAAAUUGACUUACACUUAUUGAGUAAUUACGGCCAUCCUAGCCAGAUCUGUCUUUCCAAGAUCGAAGUUCUAACAAAAGAUCGCAUUCCCAUUAGUAAUGUAACAGUUGUUCCUGAAGAUUUGAAAUAUGUUAAUGAAAGCAUUUCUUUUCUCACAUCAAACAGCCUAUUAAAAUCUACAAUGAACGAAAUGUGGCAUGCUGAUUUUGUUCCAAAUGGAUCACCUGUGAUUUUUCACAUCCUCGUUUCUGCUUUCCUUCCGCCUGAAUUUAUCAGAGUCUUUAACUCUAAAAUUGGAGAAUCGAUGAAUACAAAGGAAGUAUCCGUCUACAUAGCCGGAAAAUUUAUCCAAACUACAUCAGUUCCAUUAGAUUUUGGUUCAACGGUGUCUUUGAAGGCUUCAGACUUCCAAAAUAUUACUCCCAUAGAGAAUUUCCUAGUUACGCCCAAAGUUCCAACAUUCCUCCGACUGAAAGAUGAUUUCGGCAAUCUACCAAUUCUGAAAACGUCAUCAAUAUCAUUUAAACUCUACAACUCUACAUCUGGAAAGCCCCGACUCGGUUUAAAUGGCCUUGAGUUCUUUGAUCUGAAUGGAAAACUUUUAUCGUCAGAUUUGAUUACAAACAUCGAAGUUUUCAAUGGUGCAAGUAUAUCUUCGCCUCGUUACUUGUUUAAAGAUGAUAAAAAUACGAUGAAUAUUGAUGAUAUGUGGAUUGCCGGAAUUUCUGAGUCUCCAAUUGUUCUCAGGGUUGAAUAUAGCGAGCCACGUCUUAUAUCCCUCAUAAGAAUCUGGAACUACAACGGAUAUCCAGAUUGCAACUUAUACAGUACUAAGAACAUCAAAAUUUACAUCAACGAUACAAUCCCUGUAUAUUUCGGAAGGUUGAAACGUGGAAAAGGAAUGACAACGGGAAUUGAAGAGAGUGUUACUGAUAUCUGGGUAAGUGAGAACUAUCAUCUUAAGCACUUACCACAGGUCAGUAGUAUUUAUUCAGAGAAGAAGUAA